AUGGGUAUAUCAGUGGUGUGUCUGAUGUACAGCUUCACUUUCCUUAGCAUCUUCUUUGGUCUACUUCUCCAAAGCACCACCGGAAGAGAGUUAAAGUUUGUGGUUGCAGUUUUCCGACAUGGUGACCGGACUCCGAUUUCAACUUUUCCCACUAACCCGGUCAAAGAAGAUGUCUGGCCACAAGGUUAUGAACAACUCACCAAGAUUGGAAUGCAGCAGCACUAUGACCUUGGACAAUACAUAAGGAAGACAUAUAAAAAAUUCUUAAGUCAGGAUUACAAGCGAAAAGAGAUCUAUGUGUACAGUACAGAUUAUGAUCGAACCAUUAUGAGUGCUCAAGCCAAUCUAGCCGGUCUCUUUCCCCCUGAGGGCAAGCAGAUCUGGAAUGCUAAACUUCGUUGGCAACCUAUACCAGUUCACACAGUGCCUCGGUCACAGGAAAAGUUGUUAUCAUAUCCUACUCGCACCUGUAAACGAUUUCAUGUCCUUCUAAAAGAAACCAUGGCUGCAAAAGAAGUCAUGGGUAAAGUAAAGCCAAACAUGAAGUUUGUCGGUGAAAUAGCAGCUAAAAUGGGAUUUGAUCCAAAGAGUGUUCUCGAUUUUAGCAAUCAUAAACUCUGGAAUGCCUACGAUGCUUUAAUUGUCCAGAAAAUUCAUUCUCAUCCUGUACCGGCUUGGGCCACCCCACAAGCUAUGGAACAAAUGAAAAAGCUGUUGGGGGUUGCUCUAAGUGCCAUGUUUGGGGUUCACAAAAGAGAAGAGAAAUCACGGCUGCAAGGAGGUGUACUUGUGAAAGCAAUUCUGGAUGACAUCACAAAAGCUACYGAUCCUAAAAAUGAACUGAAAAUGAAAAUGUAUUCAGGACAUGAUAUGACAAUAGCYGCCCUCCAAGUAGCCCUCAAUGUUUUUGAACCACAUCUACCUCCCUAUGCCGCUUCCCAGUUUUUUGAACUAUAUAAAGAAGACAAUGGCGGCCACACCAUUGAGAUGUACUAUCGGCCUGAUGUCAAUGCUGAACGUCGUCCGCUCACUUUACCUGGCUGUGAAAAGUCAUGUCCACUGGAGAAGUUUAAACAACUGGUUUCUCCUAUUCUAGCAAAUAAUGUGGAAGAAGAAUGUAACAAAGUCUAA